AUGGGGAUGGCGAUUGUGGACGACAACGAGUAUGAGGACGGCCGUGAAGGGCAACGCAAUGUGCUCGGCGGGGCUGGGGUGUACUGGCUCGUGGGCUGCCGUUUGUUUGGAGGCAGAGCUAAUCGUCAUCGGGUGGGCGGAGUUAUCGAUUUGGGACGAGACUUCCCCGCAGCAGCCCUUCGUCAAAUUCAACUGUGGGGUAUGGCUCACGUGGUGUUACGCGAAGGUGACCGGUUGACCACUCGAGGUGUGAACUAUUACGACAACCACGGCGUGCGACAUUUUGCCUACAAGACACCCAAGAGGCAGAUAUUUACUGCCGAUUUGGUUGAGUGUGGGUUGGUGCCGUGUCAAUGGGUCCAUUUGAUCUGUCUGGCGGCGCGGGCGGCUGAAUUCAUCCUGGAAUUGACCGAGCUCGAUCCCAACGUGAAAUUCAUCUAUGAGCCGUUGCCCACAGAUUGCCUACCCAAUAAUUUGGAGGCCAUGGCCAAAUUGAUCCCCCACAUUGAUGUAUUCACCCCUAACUGGGAGGAGGCUUCGAGUCUUUGCAGCGACAUACUAGCGGACGACGCUUCUGUGGAAGCGGUGGCGGCGACGUUCGCCUCAUACCAGAAACCCAACUCGGUGGUGGUGAUUCGACAAGGUGCCAAAGGGGCCUAUAUGGUGCGAUCGGGUCAGCGAGACGGUGUCCAGCUCCCUGCGUAUCAUUUGGACCAGGCUCGCGUCAUUGACGUCACUGGUGGCGGAAAUUCGUUUUGCGGAGGGUUUGUUGCUGGCUAUCAGAUGUCAGGCGGUGACUGGGUGGCGGCGGCAGCGGCGGGGAACAUUGUCAGUGGGUGCGUGAUAGAGGCCCUGGCAAUGCCCGAGCUCACCGUGAAUGAAGAUGGAGUCGAGCUAUGGAACAACACGACUACCGCUGAGCGCCUACGGAGGUAUCGGGAGCAAAACCCUCACCUCGAGUUCGAAUUAAACAUUUCAUCGUAA